GAUCGUCAUCGCGUAGAGCCCAAGGUCGGGAGAAACGUAUAAGACCAAGUCGGAUUCUCGAGGUUUCAAGGUCGAUUCUAAUCCAUUUUCUUUCUCUUCACCAACAAACACCCAAUCUCGACUCAUUUUCAACGCCUUCGCCCCGAUACCAAACCCCAACCCUCAAACUCUUAUUAACAAUGGCCCGAACUAAGCAAACCGCCCGAAAGUCCACUGGAGGAAAGGCUCCCCGAAAGCAGCUCGCUUCCAAGGCUGCCAAGAAGACCGCCCCUUCCACUGGAGGUGUCAAGAAGCCCCACAGGUACAGGCCCGGAACCGUCGCUCUUCGUGAGAUCCGAAAGUACCAGAAGUCCACCGAGCUCUUGAUCAGGAAGUUGCCCUUCCAGCGUCUCGUCCGAGAGAUCGCUCAGGACUUCAAGACUGACCUCCGAUUCCAAUCGUCGGCUGUUAUGGCUCUUCAAGAAGCCUCGGAAGCUUACCUCGUCAGCUUGUUCGAGGACACCAACCUCUGUGCCAUUCACGCCAAGCGAGUUACCAUCCAGCCCAAGGACAUGCAGCUCGCCCGAAGGCUCCGAGGAGAGAGGGCUUAGGUCUUCGCCUAGUCGCCCCUCUUCUAUCGCACAUCUUUUUCGUUUUCGCCACCAUCACGACUUUUCGAUAUUACCUUACCAUCAUCCUCUCAACCAACUCAACACGGCACUGCAUUUGACUUCGCUCUUCCUCACAACAUUUUUACCGACCGCCCAACCUCGCCUCUCUCGGCCUCUAAGGAACCCGGACCCUGAUCAAGUCCAUUAAUUUUCUGAGAGCCUUGUCGGUGGCGACACGUGGCCAGAGUCGACGGCAUCGAUAACCCCAUUUCACAUCCGCCCAUCCCCACCGCACUUUAUUCGUCGGAUCCCCUUUCGCAUUUGAGAGAUUAUUGUAUCCAUAGUACCAUGAUCUUUUAUGGGAUGACGACGAGUCUUUUUUUUUUUA